CCGUCCUCCAGCGGGGCUGAACCGUGGCGCGUCCAGCCGUGGCCUGCUUGCCAGUGACCCAUGUGUGACAGAAAUGACCCAACUGGCCUCAGCUGUGUGGCUGCCCACGCUGUUGCUGCUGCUGCUUUUCUGGCUUCCAGGGAAUUUGAAGUGCCUUGCUAAAGGAACAGGUGGAAAGUUAGAAAGCCAGCCAUCUACUGGGGGUGGAGGAGCAUCCUUGCUGGCCAGAAAAGGCUGUGUUUCUCUGAGUGGCCCCAGCACCAUGACAGGCACUGUGGGAGAAUCGCUGAGUGUUGAGUGUCAAUAUGAAGAAGAAUUCAAGACUAAAAAUAAAUACUGGUGCAGAGGGUCACGUUUGAUGCUAUGCAAAGAUAUUGUCAAGACCACAGGCUCAGAAGAAGCUAGGAGUGGCCGAGUAACCAUCAAGGACCACCCAGAGAACCUUACCUUCACAGUGACCUUGAAGAAACUCACCCUGGAGGAUGCAGGCAGCUACUGGUGUGUGGUGGAUAUACCACUUUUAGAUGACGUCUCUAAGUUUACUAAGAUCUUUGGAAUCGAUAAGUCCUUCAAAGUUGAGUUGUCCGUGGUCCCAAAGAAGGUCCUAGCUUCAUCUCCAGGCCCAACACUAGAGAUACCUGUGGUGUCUACCAGCCUGUCUACCAAGAGUCCCACUCAAGGAUCCAUCACAGAGGGCCACCAUGAGUAUCAUAAGCCCGAGGUCUUGAGCCUCCCAGUGCUGCUGUCCGUGUUAGCUCUCCUGCUGUUUCUGUUGGUGGGGGCCUCUCUGCUGGCCUGGAGAAUGUUCCAGAAGCGGCUGGUCAAAGCUGAUAAGCAUCCAGAGCUGUCUCAGAAUCUCAGACAGGCUGCUGAGCAGAGUGAGUCCCAGUAUGUGAAUUUGCAGCUGCACACGUGGCCCCUGAGGGAAGAGCCGGUGCUACCAAGUCAGGUAGAGGUGGAAUAUAGCACAGUGGCAUUACCGCAGGAAGAGCUUCACUAUACAUCUGUGGCAUUUGACUCCCAGAAGCAGGAUUCUCACACCAAUGGAGAAUCCCCUCAUCAACCUCAGGACCAGAAAGCAGAAUACAGUGAGAUCUGGAAGCCCAGAAAAGGUCUCUCUGACCAUCAUCUGUGAUUUCUUGUCAUCUGAUGCUCUCAGUGGUGCCCACCAGGUUCCCAAGCUCCCUGCUGGCUGCUGCUCUCAAUGUCAUGAGCCUCACUGGCUUCACUAAAGAUGAGCAGGAGCCAGGGCUCUGUGGGUACAGAGUCUCAUCCCUCUGGCUCUCUCCUCUGAGUCUGCGUUUUGUUCUGCCUCUGGGUGUGGAAGACAUAGAUGCUGCUCCUUCGGGGCUCUGGGACAUGAUGUGGUUUGUAUAGAAUGGUACUUGUGUUAGUUAGCUUUGUAGUGUCAGUCCAGGAAGAACAUCUGUGGUCAUUGGGAAAGUGGAGAACCAGCAAGGACCCAUGAGACAACAGAGGAAGUGGAAGUCAUGGGGGCACUAACCAUCAGCUUCCCCGUCUCACAGAGAAAGAAACCUCAGCUGAGGACAGGAGCCUGGCCCGUGGCACCAAGGUCAGGGGCAAAUUCCUCUGGACUCAUUUUUAUUUUUUGUUUUUUUGAGACAGGGUCUCUCCGUGUGGUUGUGGCUGUCCUGGAACUCACUCUGUAAACCAGAAUAGCCUCAAACUCACAAAGAUCUGCCUGCCUCUGCCUCUCGAGUGCUGGGACUAAAGGCAUGCACCACAAUGCCUGGGCUUCUCUGGACUCUUAAGUAAAAGAAGAAAUAAAGUUUAUAAUGUCUUUUUAAGGGA